AUGGCCUUCGAUAUCCAGUCAGUGCAGACAGAUGGCGGGCCAAAGACCCGUUUGCAUUUGGGCAGCGAUUACACGGACCAUGGGGAGACGACGGCAGCAGUGAUUUGCGGCCUCCUAUCAUCUUACACUUUUUAUUAUUAUCAGAUGGGGCCCAAGCCCUGUGGCGAUAGUAGCAUGCGGACUCUGAAAGGAUCUCUUUGCUCGCGCUUGAUACUCGGUCGAGCUUUACUGUGUUGGUAUUUGCUUUGUUGGAGGGUCAAAGGACUUCUUUCUUCUUUCUUUAUCUGUCUGUGGGUUCUCUUCGAAUUACAUUGUCGCCUUCUAGUUCGUCGGGUCAAGAGAAGGCAGAAUAGAGUGUGGCUUUUUUUUUAUCAGGAAAAACAGCUUGAGUCUCAAGAGGGUACAGACCGCUCCAGCGAAUUGAAUACUUUUAGAGCG